AUGGAGGCGUUGUUGGAAUAUUUUCCAGCCAAGAGAAUCUCGAUGGAAGAAAUCCCGGAUGCGACGAAAGAACAACUGAAGAAAAUCUCGGAGUUUUUGAAGACCCGUUCGAGGGCGGAGAUUCUUGCUAUCAGCGCUAUAGGACUGAGCGGUUUGGCUGGCUACUGCUGGGUUCAAAACAAAUGGAAGUACUGGGAGCGCAAGGGAGUCCAAGGCCCAAGACCAACCUUUUCCGAUAUGGGAAACACCAUUUCGAUCUUCAACGAUUUGGGCGAAGGGCUCUUCAAGGAGUUCCCGUCGCAAGACGUCCUCGGCAUCUACUUCUUCGGCACCCGACCCUGUCUGAUCGUCAAAGACCCGAUGGUCUGGAAAGAUGUUUGCAUCAAGGGCUUUCAAAACUUCACGACGCGAGGAAGGAGUGAAGCGAACUUUGCUUUUGGAAAGAUGUCGGUGGAUUGGAUGACCGCUGCAGAAGGGGCGAAGUGGAAGAGGUUGAGGAACACGAUCGUUCCGUUCUUUUCCGGCGCGAGAUUGAAAGAAACCUGCCUGGUUUUGCAAGAUACUUACGAGCACUUCGAGCUCAAUCACUUCCCAAAAACGCCAACUAUCGAGGUCGACGCCAAAGACUUUUCUGCUGGCUAUACUCUUCGGGCAAUCCUCGGUUCUGGCUAUUCUUUGAACGCGAAAGAAAACGAAGAGCUCGUCGAGGAAGUCUACAAGCAUUCUAACAUUCUCUUCGCCACAGAUUUCAUCGGAUCACUGAAGAGUCUCAUCAUCCCAAGAUCGAUCAGAUUCAAAUUGAACAUCACCAACUAUCCUUCAUCCACGGACAAGUUCUUCAGAGAUGUCAUUGCUCAGAUUAUGGAGCAGGGAUCGAAGGGAGGAAGGACUAAUCUCGUCUCGCUUAUGGCGAAUCAUAUCAUUGAUGAGUCGGAGGAACACACAGCCACCAAGGGAUUCACCAAGGACGAAAUCGUCGCCCAAGCCCUCCUCUUCCAGCUCGCCGGUCAAGAUACGACCGCAACAGUCAUGUCUUUCUUGCUCUUCGCCUUGGCCAGGACUCCCAGCGUCCAGGAAGACAUCUACAAUCGAGUAAAAGACGCAGACAUAAGUUACGAAGGGCUGAAAAAGAUCAAAUUCAUCGACGCUUGCAUCAAAGAAACCCAGCGCUAUUUCACCUUUUUGAUGCUUAUGCGCGAGGCCGACCACGAUUGCGAUGUGGCAGGAGUCAAGAUCGCGAAAGGAGAUCUUGUGAUGUUCUUGCCCUACAUGGUUCACAAAAACCCGGAGUACUACGAGGAUCCAGAGGUUUUCAACCCCCAUAGAUUUGAUGGAAAUGAAUCAAAUACUCUUCAAGAUGAUUACUGGUUCGGCUUCGGAAUCGGCCCCCGCUCUUGUCCUGCUGUUCGGUGGGCCUUUGUUGCGAUAAAAGUCUUCAUCGCAAAUGUCCUGAAAAACUACGAAAUCCUUCCGGGAGAAAACACGCCCGGAAUCCACGAAUUGAAAAUGAAAUUCGAAGGCGCUAAUGUAAGAACAACUGUUCCCAUGAAGAUUCGCUUCAAGAAACGAAACUGA